AUGUCCACCACAAUCGAGUGGUCGGCCCGCGACAUUGUUACACUCCGUGGACAGAACUAUGUUGCGAUUGCUGCCUUUUGCUUGAUGUUGUAUGAUCACCUAUUGACACUCGAUGUCGAAGUCAACCUCGUUUGGCCAGCGCCAUUAUCGCUCGUCAAAGUCCUCUUUCUAUGGAAUCGAUACAUAACGCCAUGCACGUAUAUUUUUACUGUUUACAUGAUGUCUGGACUCAUGACCCCUCCGACGGAUCCUAACUUGUGGUAUCAAUUCUCCUACGAAUUCUUUCUCCCAUCCCUAACCCUUGAGGGCAUAUCCGUCAACGGGAUCGGAGCCGCCCUGAUGCUGCUGAGCGUCUACGCUCUAUACAAUCGACAUAAGGGAAUGUUGAUCAUGCUGUCGUUCUUACUAGCCCUAGAAUUAUUGGGCUCUGUGAUCGCCGGGGCCUUUGGAGUCAUCGGGGUUAGCAACGACAUGUUCUACAUCGACGAGAUCCACGGCUGUGUCUUCACUCAACACAAGAGCUGGCCCUUCAUCGUCUUCCUGUUCAUGAUGCUCUUUGACAUCGUCAUCUUCUAUCUCGUAGCGCGCAAGACGUGGCACUAUGCCAAGACGAUCAACGCGCAUAGAGCGCUUAUCGGGGUAUUGUUGUUUGAUGCUGUGGGAUAUUUUGUGGUUAUGAUUGCUGCCGAGUUCCUGAACAUUAUCGCAUACACGCGGUUCCCAGCGAGUGAACAACCACACCGAUCCUAAUCCAGUCUCACCAAAGGCAGUUGAACCUAUUCCUAAUCGGGAUAAAUAUCAUGUGGACUCUGAACCCUGAUCUCACGGAUGUAUCUGAAUGUACGGAACGCCACCCGGCCUGAGGACUGGAGCUCCCUCUCAGCAUGGAAGACGAGCGCCCCGCCGGACUCGUACGCGACUGACGACUCAGGAUGGACGAUUUACGGGACCGAAUGAGGGCAGAGAGUCGCCAAAUAUGCUGGUGCGAUCAUAACACACCAGCAACGACGCCGGAUAUCGACCACGCGACCAUACAUUUUGCGCCGAAUGCAGACGCCAGCCCAGGGCCGUCGUCUCCCAAGGUUGCUCCUGCCAAGCGAUCGACGAAAGAAGUCGGGGACGGGGACACACACGUUCUCCGUCACACUUCUUCAAACCCCCUCGCGGAACGUUUGUUCGCCUUAGUCGGGCGCAUAAACACCCCUAACUUAUAACACUCUAAUACUUAUCAACAUCGACGUGUAUAGGUAGUACUAGGGAAUUCUGAUACGUGUAUAGUACGACCACAAGGCUGUAGCACACUGCUCCCGAGGUCGUGCGAUUGUGCGUUGACUGCGCACUCCGGCAAGAGAGGAGCACUUCGGCAUCGUGCCUCAUACAUUCUUUUCCCGCGCAUCGCCCGCUGGCAACGAGGACAAAUAAACCUAUGCAGUCUGGCCUAUUCGGGAAAGAGCCGCUGUAAAUGCUUCUGGGGGAUGAAUGUGGACGGGCUUCGAAUUAGCCUUCGACUGUUUGGCAGGUAUAUUCCCCGCACUACUGCCUCGACACCAGCCCGGUAAAGAUGCAUUUCUUACCUUUCCUACCCGUCGUCCUCCUCCUCCCUUUGACAUGCUCCGCUCCCUCCUGUCAGCCCCUCCCCUGCUGCGCAUGCUGCGGCCCCUCCGAACCGUGUAUCGACGAGCUGUGUUUUCCCGAAACGCUGGAGUGCUGCCCUCAGGUUUUGAGCAGGUGCGAGUAUGCUGUUGGGCCGUUGAAGCUGAGCGAGCGGGAGGUGAGGAAGAGAUUGAGAGAGGAGGAGGAGAGAAGAGAGAUGGAGCUGGAGCUGG